GCCCCUGUGUGAUCGCCAAUCCACUCCAUUCCCUUUACUCUACACACAUUGUGAUUGGUGUAGAAGGGGUUGCUACAACCCUCCCGUUCAUCGUAACCCAUUUACUGUACAAGAGAGCUGUUCACUCUUCUGUUCACUCAGGGACCCGUGUCUCAGCAUCAGUCAUGGCUUCACACAGACAGAAGGACAGCUCAGCCGGCUACCAGCCGCUCUUCAAAUCAUUCGCUACAGACGCGAUCCACGUCGGUUCAGAGCCGGAGCAAUGGAACUCCAGGGCCGUGGUGCCUCUUAUUUCACUGUCAACAACCUUUAAACAACAAGAACCGGGGAAACAUGCGGGUUUUGAGUACAGCCGGAGUGGAAAUCCCACAAGAAACUGUCUUGAGAGAGCAGUUGCUGCUUUGGAUGGUGCACAAUACAGUCUGGCUCUUGCUUCUGGAUUGGCUGCAACUUUAACCAUCACACAUCUUUUUAAGGCUGGAGAUGGAAUUUUGUGCAUGAACGAUGUCUAUGGGGGAACUAACCGGUAUUUCAGAAAAAUAGCUGCAGAAGUGGGCUUUGAUGUCUCUUUUGCUGACCUCACAAAGACAGAGGAGAUAAAAGCAGCUCUAAGACCAAAUACAAAGUUGGUAUGGAUUGAAACACCCACAAACCCUACGAUGAAGGUUGUGGACAUCCAGGGCUGUGCAGAUAUUGUCCAUGAGCACAACAAGGACAUAAUUGUUGUUGUGGACAACACUUUCAUGUCAGCCUACUUCCAGCGCCCCCUUGCACUUGGAGCAGACAUCUGCAUGUACUCUGCAACAAAAUACAUGAAUGGUCACAGUGAUGUUGUGAUGGGACUGAUUUCUCUCAACCGUGAUGAUCUCUAUGAACGACUGAAGUUUUUGCAGAAUGCUCUAGGGGCUGUGCCUUCUCCAUUUGACUGUUAUAUGUGCAAUCGGGGUCUGAAGACUCUCCACCUGAGAAUGAAGCAGCACUUUAAGAACGCAAUGGCCACGGCACGGUUUCUGGAGGCCGAUCCAAGAGUGGAUAGAGUCAUCUUCCCAGGUCUUCCAUCUCACCCUCAGCAUGAGCUGACACAGAGACAGUGCACAGGCUGUCCUGGAAUGAUCACUUUCUAUAUCAAAGGAAAACUGGAGCACGCCUCAACCUUUCUCAGCAAUCUAAAGUUGUUUGCGCUUGCUGAAAGUCUUGGUGGUUAUGAGAGUCUAGCAGAGCACCCAGCGAGUAUGACUCAUGCUUCAGUGUCUGAGGAUGAGAGGAAAGAGUUGGGCAUCAGUGAUACGCUCGUUCGUUUGUCUGUGGGUCUGGAGGAAGAGGAAGAUAUCAUUGCAGAUCUAGACCAAGCCCUCGCUGCUGCACAUCCAAAAAAGUAAGCAGCUGAUCAAGCUCAAUCAAGAACAGUGGUGCCACAUCUGGACGAGACAAAGACACUCUUUUGAGGCACAUUUCUGAUUUACCUAGUAUAUGACAGUUAUGCUUUGAAAAACUUUAGUUGCAUUUGUCAGGGAACGAACAUCCUCAAGAAACUCAUUUGCCAUAUUCUAAGAACAGGAGAUUUGCUGCUUUGUUUCUACUUUUUGUAAUUCCAGUUUGAUGAGGUAUCUGGUUUCUAAACGGGCUCCACUUUUAAAACGUUUAAUACAGGGAAAAGCCAGGACUGCAAGGGAAAUCCGAUAUCAAGCAAAUCAAGAUUUUUUGUGAUUCAAGAUAAUUCGGCAAGAAAGACAAACAGCACAAGUUUACACAAUCAGUCUUUAUUUUCUGCAUCAAAGACAAUGCUUAGUCACCUCAUAGUGCUCUAUAUCACUCUUUGACCAGUUUGUAUUUUAAAUACUAGAUAUUGGUUAGAGGCUUGCGCAUUUUCAAUUCUUAAAGGAUCACAUCUGAUCUUUGUCUGCGCUACCAGACCCAUUAAAAGCCAUUUGUAAUCUCUG